GCUGCGGCGCCGGGGCCUGCGCGCGGGGCGGGGACCCUGGUGCCGGGCGUGGACGCGGAGACCCGGGCCUGGGCUCGGUGCGGCGGGUUCCACGCGGAGCCGCUGGUCCCCGUGCCCUGCGCCGGCGGCCUCGCCAUGUUCACCUUCGUGGUUCGCGACGAGAACAGCAGCGUCUACGCCGAGGUCUCCCGGCUGCUGGUCGCCUCCGGCCACUGGAAGAGGCUGCGGCGGGACAACCCCAGGUUCAAUCUGAUGCUGGGCGAGCGGAACCGGCUGCCCUUCGGGAGACUGGGUCACGAGCCUGGGCUGGUGCAGUUGGUGAACUACUACCGGGGGGCGGACAAACUGUGUCGCAAAGCUUCUUUAGUGAAGCUAAUCAAGACGAGCCCAGAGCUGGCCGAGUCCUGCACAUGGUUCCCCGAGUCGUAUGUGAUCUACCCCACUAACCUCAAGACCCCGGCUGCUCCUGCGCAGAACGGAAUCCACCCACCGAUCCCUAGCUCAAGGACGGACGAAAGGGAAUUCUUCCUGGCUUCUUAUAACAAAAAGAAGGAGGACGGAGAGGGCAAUGUUUGGAUUGCAAAGUCAUCCUCCGGUGCCAAAGGUGAAGGCAUCCUCAUCUCCUCGGACGCUGCCGAACUUCUGGAUUUCAUAGACAACCAGGGCCAGGUGCACGUGAUCCAGAAAUACCUCGAGCGCCCUCUGCUGCUGGAGCCGGGGCAUCGCAAGUUCGACAUUAGAAGCUGGGUCUUGGUGGAUCACCAGUACAAUAUCUACCUCUAUCGAGAGGGCGUGCUGCGGACUGCGUCAGAACCGUAUCAUGUUGAUAAUUUUCAAGACAAAACCUGCCACUUGACCAAUCACUGCAUUCAAAAGGAAUAUUCAAAGAACUACGGGAAGUAUGAAGAAGGGAAUGAAAUGUUCUUUGAAGAGUUCAAUCAGUACCUGAGCAGUGCUUUGAACAUUACCCUGGAGAAUGCUAUCUUAGUACAAAUCAAACAUAUCAUAAGGAGCUGCCUCCUGAGCGUGGAGCCUGCCAUCAGCACCCGGCACCUCCCUUACCAGAGCUUCCAGCUGUUUGGCUUCGACUUCAUGGUGGACGAGGAGCUGAAGGUCUGGCUCAUCGAGGUCAACGGUGCCCCUGCUUGUGCUCAGAAGCUCUAUGCAGAACUGUGCCAGGGCAUCGUGGACAUAGCCAUAUCCAGCGUCUUCCCGCCCCCCGACGCCGAGCAGCAGCAGAGCCAGCCGGCCGCGUUCAUCAGGCUGUGACCAGAGACGCGUGGGGUCCUGCUCCAGGAGAGACGCCCCGUGGCUCCACGCGAAGCCACAGUGAGAAAGAGGCAGCUCGCAAGGCUGUGAUGGAGGAGGGAGUGCGAGAGCGAAGGUGCCCCCAAGGGGCUCCGGGUGGAGCUCUCUGCACUGCUACCCAGACUUGAAAACUGCAACGAAUUUCCCUGAGGGGAGAGCAAGACGUUCUUCUAAGGGGAAAACACGGGGAUUCGGUUGUCGUCCUUGAAAGCAGCAGAUUUCUAUGCUAAGGCCGUCCUUGAAAGCAGCGCCUCUCCUCCCGGGGCCACUGGACCUGUGCGUGCGCUCCGUCUGCUGCAGCCCUCGUGCCUUAGCUUGGUGCCCAGCUGCAACCUCUGUCCCGCGGGGACUGAUGCUGGAGCGUUUGGGAGGUCGCCCUGUGUCCCUGCUCUUCCCCCCUGACACUCUGCCUGUGAGACUCUGGACCAGCAUGCGGGGCGGCCCUGGGUUCCGUGCUGUGCGCUGCCUGGAAGGGCAGGGCGUUGUCCUCAUCCCGUUCCUGAAGGCGCUGGGUCAGUCUCCGGUCGGGGUGGAUGUGGGCUGGGCACCAAUACAGCAAACGCUGCUGUCAGUCUGCUCUCUGCAUGCUUUAGAAACCGAGCAGCAAGUUUGCCACAAGCCUGCAGGCAUCAAAAAGCAUGAGGGAAAAAAGACAAUGCCUUGCUUUGCUUCGUAGUUGGGUGUCCUUGAAAUAUGAUGGGUCUGUUAUCUUUGUUUGAACCAGAAUUCAUGCACUUUUGCAAAGUUCCUGGGGGUCAGGAGAAGGUAGAAUUCCCCUCCCCCAGGUGGCCCUGCCCCUGACACAGGGAGCUCCCCUCCCACCAUCUCCUUCUUCUCUCCCAGCACCUGCUGUGGGAGCUGGAGGGGAUGGUGUUCCAGCGAGGAGGCUCUGCCUCGGGGAGAGGCUCUCAGUGAGUGUCUGUCUGCCUGAAUGGGAGCAUCUCCCAAAGUGAGAAAGAUGAGGUUUUAGAGCUUCACACAGUGUCCUGUAGGUCAACAGUUGUGUCCUGUUAGGGGUGGUGUGGUUUUCCCUGGCUGGAUCGGGGAGCAUUCUGCAGGCUUUUCAGGAGGCCACGUUACUAGCAGUGGGAAGAACAAGAUGCCAUGUGUGUUCGCUGAGCUGAGUGAAGGGGCCCUUCUUAGAGCGCCAGGAUCCCAGUAGACCCAUGGGCAAGGCCCCUGCUCCUUGGAACGUGGUGUGUGCUGCCUUCGUGUGUAUGUGUACUCCAUUACUCGUCCUCCUUGCACACAAAAAAAGCAGUUCUGCAGUCAGGAAGACUUUGUAAAAAUACUUCUUAUUUCAGAGAGGAAGGGAGAGGGAGAGAGAAAAACAUCAAUGAUGAGAGAGAAUCAUUGAUUGGCUGCCUCCUGCACAUCCCCCACUGGGGAUCAAGCCCACGACCCAGGCAUGUGCCCUUGAACAGAAUCAAACCGGGUCCCUUCAGUUCGCAGGCCGAUGCUCUAUCCACUGAGCCAAACUGGCUAGCUUGGGAAGACAUUGUUAAAAAGAGAAGAAAAAGCAACUGUUCCUAAAAUUUGAUGAGAUGUGGGAGCUUACAUGUGGGCAGAGGAUGUGAAGGUGUGACGCUGGGGGGAGAGGAGGCUUGGGUGGGCUUGCAUGGGGAAUUGGAACUAUAAUGCCGUGGUUGCUUGCUCAGAGGACAGAUCAUGAAGUUUGCAUGCAGAGCACAGUGAAACUGUCAGUGGUUAAAGUCGUUCCUGGAGGCCCCCCGGCGUGGCUGCUGGGUUGGGGUUGGGGACUUAGAGCGUGGCCAGGUGCGCCCACUUAGAGAGUGUGGGGUGCUGGCUUCUGCGAGCUGGUAAUGGGGAAAGCGUGGAAGACUUGUGGGGCUGUCCCACGGGAACACGGAUGUGUAAUGACCUUUUGGACCUAAGUUACAGGAAUAUUUGAGAGCUUUCCAGCGGCUACAGUGCCGGAGCUAAGAAUGCAGAUGUUAGGAAGUCUGUGGCUCUCGAUGGAUUUUCUCAGAAACCUGGUUCAGUAGCACAUGUAUGAGGGAAGUGAGGCUCUAAAAAGAAAAUGAUACCUCAUUCCUCACGUGUUUUCAAAUACAUGUCUAUUUAUCUUUACUUCUGAUCAGGGGGUGGUUGGCUCGGAACCGUCGCAUCCCCUCCACGCUGUCCUGGCGCAGGUGGUCCUGCCUUGCUGCCCAGUCAGUCUUCCUGUGCGUGUCCCUGUCCGCGUCACCAGUUGCUGGGGAGGGAGGCGCUAUUCAUUGGCGAUGUCGGCUCCAGUCUUGGCCCUGCCAUUGGUUGCUCAGUGUUGGAUGAGCCGUGACCUCUCUGUGCCUUAGUUUCUUGUCUCACAGAAGAGAUUGUUGCCAGACCCGGGACUACCUCACAGGCUUUAGUGAGGACAAGUGAGAUUAGGAAGACUCGGGAGCCUUCCGUACCAAGACUCCUAGUGCUGGCUGUGUGCUGGAACCACACUGUGCCCCUCUCCCCACCCCGGCGACUGAAUCAGAACCUCGGGCAGCAGUGCGCACCACGCUGCUGGAGAAGGAAGGGAAGACACAUUCUUAUUACCUGAGAGGAAUCCCGUAGGGCCCAGGGCUUUUAAAGGUUCCUUUUGGAAGAACAGGCCUCUCUUUCAGAAUGACCAGGUGUUGACAUGUGUGUUCAUGCGACAAGUGCCGUCUAAGCCGUUCUCUCUUUGCUUCUUGUCAAACAUGCCUUCAUCUACUGAAACAGUCUGUGAAGACUUGGCAGCGAAUGUAAACAGACAGGAAUCUAUAAAUCUGCUGAAUAGGCAUUAAGGCCAUUAAUUAUUGAGAGAAAAGCCCCUUUCCUCACAAGUAACUCCUGUGGUGUUUAGAGCUCAGUUUUACCCAGAACAUUCAAGUGCCUCCGUGUCUGUGUGGUGCAGUGGAGCAGGUGCGGGCACACUUGCCGCGGACACGCUGUUCCCCAGCGCCUUGGAUGUUUCUCACGGGCUUGGAGUGAGCGGUAGUGCUGGGAAGGUACGGGAUCCGCAGCACCCACAGGGGAGUGAAGCUACAGUGUGUUUAACUGUUGAGGUUGUCAGGCUGCGGUGCAUGUGGGGGGGCGGGGGCGGGGGCUCUACUGGAGAAGACAAGGCCCCUGAGUGGCCCCACAGCAUGUGGGAGCCGUGAAGAAAAUUCAGUGAUACACAGAUUCUGUACCUAAGAGGAAAUGACUUCUGAAAUAAGGUGAUGUCAUGAAUGUUUAAAAUGCCUGGAGCAUUAAAGUGAAGUAAUAACA